AUGACUACCGGUCAUCGUCUCACCAGGCAUCAAAGGCACCCGUGGCAGAAGGCGGGGGACCUGGCAGCUACAGCGGUACUGCGUAACGGGGGUGGGGCUGCCAGGUCUCUUCCUGGCUGCGGCUUCAGGCACUGGCAACCCCGGCCCUAUGUGGGUGAAUCUGCCCUUUUCUAUGUGGUGGUGGGCCGCUGGAGUAGCGGCCCACAUCCAGAGGGCCAAAGAGCUCGCCCAAGGAGGAACCUCUGUCGCGGCUUGAAGACCUGCUCCCACUGCAAGCACGAUGCUGACAAAGAUGACCGAGGACUUCGCAACAUGUGCAGCAGUUGGAGAGCGGAUUGGAAGAGCUCUUGCCACAGUUGGUAG